UUUGUACCUUUCUUACACUUUGCACAGUUUAUCACCUAUAUUUGCAGUCGGUUUUUUCAGUCAAAUCUUGAACAGUGCAGUGGUGGAAAGAACAAUAAUUAUUUUAAGUAUAUUGUUGUAAAACAACAAAGUAAACUGCAAAAUAGAAAUUUUGUGGAAAAACAAUUAAGUUUUUAUUCAGCAUAAUAUUUUAGUACUCUAGUGAUAACUCAGUUUGUAGAUGCAGGAAUCUGAUAAAGCAUACAAAACAAAAACAUCGUUGAUAGGCGAAUUCACAGACCGUUCCCACGACAGUCGGGUCUACGUAACCGAAACGGACCCGGAUUUAUUCCGGCCAAGGACUGUCAACUCGGUAGAAUUCUGCCGCUACAACAACAACAACAACAUUCACAGACAUGCAUAUACUAUAUGUAUACUUAUAUAUGUAUGUACGUACACAAAAAUGUUGAAAUAUUGUUAGAUUAUGAGAAAAUCUACAAGAAAAUGUUGGUAGUUUGUUAUGAAAUGUUGUUAAUAAGGAUGUUGCUUAAAGUAUUUGCCAAAUUAGUUUAAAUAGGAGCACAAUAUCUGAACGCAAAUAGGAAAUUACUUUAUGUGUGUAUAAAAAAUAUGUUUUUAAAUAAAUCGAAAGUCUGCAACAGCAUACAAUAAAGCAAAAUGGCUUCUGGUGGCUUAGGUUGUGCGAAGUUUAUUACAUUUUUUUGUAAUUUACUUUUCGCUCUAAGCGGACUGCUCAUCCUAAUUGUAGGUGCUAUGGUGCAGUUGAACUAUUCUCAUUAUUCGAAUUUUGUCAGCGACCACAUAUGGACUGUGCCCAUUAUUUUGAUUAUAGUCGGCGCAACCAUAGCAAUUAUCUGUUUCCUCGGCUGUUGCGGCGCCUUGAAAGAGAAUAGUUGCAUGAUACUGUCAUUCGUUAUUUUGGCGGUUAUUAUAUUCUUGUUCGAAAUCGGUUUAGGUAUAGCUGGUUAUGCUAAACAUGCAUCUCUGAGUGAUAUAAUGGAGGAACAGUUCAAUAACACAAUGAAAGAAUACAACGAACGCAAAGAAAAUCGUGAUGCUUGGUCGCUUUUGCAAAGUGAGAUGGACUGUUGUGGAACCUUUGGUCCGAAGGAUUGGGAACCGAUAUUUCACAACAACUCUCUGCCACCUGCAUGCUGCACGGUAAUCAAUUUGAACGAAGCUCAAGACUGUACGGUAGUUCACGCCCAUUCGGAAGGCUGUCUAAAAAAGCUGCUCACCCUGCUCGACUCCAAAACAUUAAUUUUAGCUGGCGUGGUACUCGGCGUAGCGGCUAUACAGCUAUUGACCAUACUUUUCGCCUGCUGUCUGUUUCGUUCCUUCUGACGCAGCUACCAAACGGUUUAAAAGACGGUACACAUAUUAGAUGUUAAUGAUUGGAAGCUUUUUAAAUACGAAAUUCAUACAACCAAUACUCAUUCUGAUAUGAGUUAUAAGAAUAAUUUUUUAAUUCACUAUCAACUGUUUUUAAGCGGACAAAGUUACAUCAAGAAACGAGCUAAUAAGAAAGUAAAAUUAUUUAUGUCGACUACAUAUACAUGAGCACAUAAAUCACAUUUUAAAUUUUUAGAUAUAUGUAUGUUUGUAUGUACAUAUAUGUAUGUAUAUGAGAGCAGACUUCAAGCUGCUCAUAUCAUUUAUUCAUAUCAGUGUUAUAAGUUAAUGAACAACGUCGUGAAGUUUAUGCUCAACAUAUUUAAAUGACCAAGAGCGAAUAUGAACAAUAUAAUAUGAACUUACACCUUUAAGCACGUUUUAUAUACCUAUUGUAUAUCUAAAUAUAUGUAUGUACUGGCAAUCAUUUUUUGACGAAAGUCAUUUUGUAGUUUAGCACCAAAAAGACAUUAGUAACAAUAAGAUAUGCAUUUUUAUGUAAGCAAAUGAGUAUGCAAUUUUUGUAUUUAUGUAUUUUUUUUUUAUAUAUAAGAUUUCAUAAUAUAAUGUACUCUUUAUAUUCAGCAAAAGGAGGCUUUUACAUAACUAAACUACGUUGCCCAGCCCAUUUUGGCGGCAUAAAGCAUUUAUAUAAAAUGUCAAACCCAAUUAAUUGUUUAAACUGGAAAAAUAUAUACAAAAUUUUAUAAGAGUUUUAUAUUAAAAAGAAGCAUAAAAUGAAUUAAGAUAAGGAAAAAUAUCUAAAUUUAUACAUUUAAAAGUGACGUAAACUAAUAAAAACCAUUAGCAAUGUUUUUGGUGGUGGUAUUUAGGUUUUUUAAGAAUCAAUUUGUAUGCUCUUUUGCUAAAUUUAAAACUUAAUGCGGUUUUGUUUGUUAAACCAAAAUCAAACAAAAAAAAAAAACAGAAUGUAGUAGCAAGUUGUCAUGAGUUUUAAUGAAUUUUCCACUAAAAAGAAAAUAGUAAACCAUGUUUUUGAAAAUUAAAAACAUUCAAAUGAAGAAGUGAAUAAAUAGUUUAUACAUCUACCUUUUAUACUUGGUUAUACAAAGAUCCAAAUAUUUGUUACUAUAUAUAGAAUUUUUACUAGAAAUAAAGUUUUUAUAUAUA